AGUUUUAAUCAAAAAAUACGUAAGUUAAGAAACAAUCCAAAUAAUUUAAUUAUUGAUUCUCUACGCUCGAAAUAUAUUGGUCGUAUAAAGAUGUUUAUUUAUCUAUUUGUUGACCUUUUUUGUUUUUUUAACUGAGAACACUAUUUGUACUAGAAAUCUUUCUCCGAUUUUUAAUCUAUCCACAUAUGUAGAUUAUCAUCAUAGGGCAUGAGUAAAAAGAUAAUUGUUGACGUUUUUAUUAUAAAUAAUGAAUAUAGUUAUAGCAAUGAAUAGUUAAAUUAUACGGUUAAUAAGAUAGAUGAGUAAAACGGUUUGACAGUGGCAAUUGAUAAUAACAAUAACAUUUUAAUUUUCAGAUUACCGAGAAAAAGAAAAACGAAUUAGUAAUAAAUUUAAAAAUAAAAUCAAGACAGACACAGAUGUAAACGAUGGCAAAAGUAAGUUAUUGUUUAAAUAAAAUACGACCGGAUAGUUUUAUUAACCAAACUGUAGGUGGUUAUCGUGUUAUUUGAGUUAAGUCAACAAAACUGAUAAAUUAAAAUUCUGUUAUUGUACAAGUUAUUAUAACUACCAGUUUAUUUUUUAUUUAAAUUAUUUAGAGAAAUGUUAUAGAGGAUUAUUAGAAACUUUAAUGGACUCAAACGAAGCCAGAUUGGGCUUGAGCGACGAGGAUAUUAAGAGUCAUGUGAUAACUAUAGUAGCGGCUGUAAGUUCAAAUACUCCAAAUACUUUGCAUCCACAAGCAAUAAUUAAUUUUUUUAUUUAUAGGGUUUCUAAACUAUUUCAUUGACUGUUAGUUAUUGUCACUUAUUAAUAGCUAUCUAUCCGGAUAUUCAAGUAAGUCAUUACGUAGUUUUUGCUGUUUAAAAGUUUGAUAUUAAAAUACAUUUCAUAUAAAUUGUUCUAAGGACAGAGUUUACAACGAAUUUUAUAGCACAUUAGGUGACUGUGAUGAAGCAAUUACUAUCGAAAGAACGACUAGUCUAGUUUAUUUGAAACAAGUAUAUAUUUGUUUCGAUAUUGUUUUGUUAUCACACAUGGAAUCGUCGGCGCUAUGAAACAUUAGCUAAUAAAUUGAGAGGUCUGCCGGAUUAUCCGAUUAUAGGGUCAUGUUUGAAAAGCUUUGGUGGUAAGAGAAACAAAUCAUUGUAUCUUUGUAUUGUAUGUAGGUAUGUCUAAUUACUGUACAAUAUGAAUUUUAUAAUUGCUAGAUUACUACGAAAAAGCAUUGAAUUAUGGACAAUCAUACAACUACGGUUCAUUUAAAUUAUGGUUUGGUAGCCAUUUAAUGGUUGUCAUUCCUAAGCCAGAAGAUCUUGAAGUUAAUAUUUGUUAUUCAUAAAAAUCAUAAAAUUAUCGAUUUAAAUUUCAACAUUUCUCUUAAACAUUAAAUGCAAUUUUAAAAAUUAAAUUCUAAAUUUAAUUUCAAAAUCAAUUUUUUUCAGAUUAAUUUAAAUAGUUCGCUGGCCUUAGGCAAAGGCGUCAUGUUUAAUAUGGCUAUUAAAUUUCUAGAAAAGGGCUUGGUUACGGCUCCAGCUAAGUGUAUAUUGUUUCCUAAAUUAAUCUUACACACUUAA